AUGAAUUUGAAUCGAAUUCCUUUAGCUCCUUUAACACCUAUGCAAGUAUAAUAACUUGCUCGUUUGCCUAAAGUACAAAAUAUUCAAAAUUAAUUAACUUGUCCCAAUACUAUUAAAAAUAACCUAGAAUAUAGUAAAUGUUCAUCAACAAACUAUUAAUUUAAAAUUUAUAAGAAAAUUGUCUUAGAACUUCUUAAUUCUAUGUAAAUAACACCAUUCUUAGAAUUUAUAUAUGGCUUACACUUUGAAUUUAAGACUCCUUUUCAUAUUCACAUUUGUCCAACUUAAAGCCUCAUAAACUUUUUAAACCUCCAUUAUGAUAUUAAAUAGCUUUAUAGAAUUUAUGAUAGUAUCUAUAAAUAAAAUAAUAAAAAAAUCAAGAUUUAUUUGAAUAUCUCAGAAAUCGAUCUAAUAUUAUAAUUAUUGAGGUCCAUAGUUAAAUAAAUGCCUCAUAUUAGUAGAAUAAGAGAGGUUUUAAAGAAUUAAACAGUAAGAGAUCUUGUAAGUAUUAAAAACACAUAAAUUGAAGAUCCUAAAUUAAAUUAAAUAAUAACUAUGAUUUAAUAUAUAUUUAACUCUUCACUCACAAAAAUUAAUAGUUAAAUCAUAGUUAAGAAGGAACUAUAGGAAAAUAUACAAAAGGAUCAAUCUUUUGAACAUAUUCAAAGUAAUGUUCAGUAAGUAAUUAUAUCCUUGUUUUUAUAAUAUUGUUUGUAUAGUAAAAUAAUACUUCCAGAAAUAAUAUAUUCCUUAGUUUUGUUGAACAAAAAUUCUAAGAAUUUAACUUUGGAUCCAAGUUUUGUUAACGAUAUUCCAGAUUCAAAAUAAUAUGAUGAAUUUAAAGAGAAGAUUAAAUAUAGAAAAUACUUAAGGAUUUCUAAUUUAUAAGGACUUAUUGAAUAUGAAGACUAUAUCAUCUCAGAAUUUUAAAUCUCUUAUCCAAUGAAAAAUUUAGAAAAUGAUUUAUUAUAAACUAUAAACUUAGUCCUUGAAAAUUAUUAAUAAAUACUAGAUAGAUUAAUUAGAAUAUUUUCAAGUAAAAGAAUUGGUACAACACUUCAAAUCUUGGGUUCUAAUUCAUUAAGUUAAAUUGGAAUGAAUAUAUUUAAUACUAUUCUUGACAUCGAAAAAGCUUUGAAAAAAAGGGAAACUAUUUAAAAAAAGAGAAUCCCUAAAAUUAAGUUGAAAAUAUAAAAAAUUUGA